UGUAAAAGGGGCGGGGUUUCCUUCCCAGCUUGAAUAGUGAUGGACAGAAGAGUUCGGAUGGAGUGAGGUACAGAUCUUUUACAACUUGUGGAUGAAAACUAGACCCAGAAGAUCAUCAUCAGGUGUUUGAGUCAUGCGCGCGUGCUCGGAUUGCCUGUUCUGUGUGUUGGUUCUGAUCCGGUUCUGGGAAACGAGCGGAGAGUCUACUGGGACUCUGGGACUCCUCCUGCAUGCUGAUGACAGGAACUUUUCAGACCAGGACCGAAUGAAACAACAACCCUCUGAGCCACAGCACCAGUCUCUGCCAGGGUCAACAUUUAAUCUGCGGGUUCAGGUGGCGGACAUGCUGAGUGGCCUGCCCUUGAGCCAGGCGCUGGUGGAGCUUUUCAUAAACCACACCAUGAACUCCUCAGCUGUGAGCGCAGAAGAUGGCGGGGCUUGGCUCCGUGCACCGUACCCCUCAAGGCUGCCUCUCACUGUGGCAGCCAGCAGGGCGGGUUACAUUUCCACUCUGAUGUCCUGCAAAGCCAACAGAACACCAAUAUUUUCCUCGCUGACUGUGUGGCUGCUCAGGAUGACCCAAGGGAACAUCUGGCUCUUUGAGGACUCGGUCCUGAUCACUAGGAAAACUCCUGGUGGAUUUUCCCAGCCUGUUGUGAGAUUCCCUCAGCGCCUCCUGAACCUGAGCCACAGCAGGAACGCCACCUCACUGAAAGUCUACGUGACGGUUCCCAAACAGGACGAGUCUCUCAACACUCCAGGUGUCCAGAUCUCCAAAUCAGGUUUUGUGAGCUUGGAGUUGAACCCAGUGGCGGCUGUCAGUGUGCAGCUUUUCUCUGGAAACACGAAGCUUCACGUGACCGGACCAAUCCAGAUGAGCCUCAGCGUUCCAGAGAACCGUGGCCUUCAGAUUUCCGAUGCUGUUCCAGCGUGGUUCUUCAACAGAACCGUUGGAGGGUGGAUGAGGAAAGGACUUGGGAAGCUUAUCUCAGUGGAUGGAAGACUCACGUGGGUGUUCACCGCUCCUCACCUGGGCGACUGGAUCGCUGCACCUUUUUCCUCCCCCAGAGGUUCCCUUGGACUUCCCACCCUCGUUGACCUUUUUUCACAUCAUUUAUUCUUCCUGACGGUUUUCCUUGGAGGAACUCUUCUUGUUGUUGUCUUCCUAUUGACCUGGCUGUUGUGUUAUAGCAGAAAGCAGUCAAGAGAAAAUCAAGCUUGGAAAACUCUGGCAGCGAUAAAAACAGACCAAGCCACCUCCACGAGUCAUGACGGCGUUUCUGGAACAUCUCCAGGAAACCAGAACCACUCAGUGACCAAACAGGAGGAGGACCAGCACAGUGAUGUCAUAGCGAACGCUGGCACCGUGGCUGCUUCACUGGACCUGAAGGAAGUGACUUCAGAGAAAACCAAGCCUGCAGACAGUUUGUUUUUCUACAACCAACCUGUCACUAUCCUCCCAGCUUCAGCGUUCUUCCAUCUGGAGGAGGAAUCGGUUCUGACCAACUGGAGCAGGUCAGCCACUCUGCCACGAGUUGGCAUGUCAAAUGGAGCUGCUGCAGAGGCGCCAAGGAAGGCAAACUAUACUCAGAAUGUUCUAGGAGCUCCAUCUACCAUCCAGAUCCAGGGGGUAGACACCCAGAACCUGCCUGGAGGGUCCGAUGACUCUCAGGCAGGAAACGGUACAUCCAGGGGUCCGUUCAGUCUUCCAGAGUCAGCAUCAGUACCGGGGACAUUAAACAAAAUGAGAGGGAACCGACACUCGGUCCACACCUUCUCAGGUUUAUCAGAAAUGCAGAAAUCUCUUCAGCCCCCUCGAGCCUGGUUUGUCUCUCUGGAAGGAAAACCUGCAGCAGAGAUCCGUUACGCCGUCUCGGAGCAGCAGAGGAGACGGAGACCCAUCGACAGCCGAGACACCAGUUUGGAUUCGGGGGUGGACAUGAGUGAACUGAAUCAGAUGUCGAGUAGAAGGACCAUAACUCUGGAGCGAAAUGCCACUUUUAUUAAAAACACAAACAAGCAGUAAAACCCAGAACUUAAAUUUUACCUGGUUACAUUUCCCAUCUGAGACUCGGGCCCAGUUUAACCCGAAGCGUUUCUGUCCUCAGCCUCGAACACAUCUCAGCUGGUGGAGACAAAUCACAACACGAAGCUAACGUUUGCGUACUUGUGUGUGAAGUGACAGACUGUCUAACCAAACCUGCAUGUUACUGUAAUGAAACUCAAGUCUAAAAGAAUAUAUUUGUUGUAAAAGUAAAUCUUUUCAAUUUAGUUUUUUUAAUAAAAAUACAUCAAUCCAUUGAAAGGGGCUUGAACAUAAAGGUGGAUUAACAGAAAACUCUGCAUUUGAGUCAUUUUGACAUACAUUGUGUAGGGUUUGGUAAACUGAGUGCUUUAAGAGCUCAAUAUAUAUAUUACCUCUACUUAUGACCAAUAAGCUGUGAUACUCUAUCUAAAUAUGGAAUAUCACCCCGCCUGCUCUUUAUUGUGCUUUAAUCAGAAGAGUCUAGUAUUCGUUAUUUAUUAGGGGAUUGUACACACUUCAUUUUGAUUCAGAAAACAAUCAGGUUUAUAAAAGUAAGAAUUUACUUAACCAACCUGUCAUGUUUUAAUUGUUUGUAAACUAACAUUUACUGUGAGAGGAUGGAACUAAAUGUGAUGUAUGGAAGCUAUGAGUGAAUGCGAUGUUAGUCAGAGCCUCUGUAUAUCGGAGAGCUGCGUUCUGGAUGUGAAAGAAUUUGGUUUGCGUUAAGCUAUGAGGUUGAUUAUUAUCAAAAGCCACAUCAGACGCUAUCUGUGUGUCUACAUUGUCCGUUUUCAGAGACCCUCUUGGUUGGCACCGGAGGGCUGUAGAAUACCAUGGCACCGACCCUUCAGUCCAGAGAUGUCUCGGGUCAUGACAGACUGAUGGAACCACGCGUCUGGGACUCUUAAGGAGUCUAAACAAUAUCAGCUUAUUCUGCAGGGACUGUUUGCUUUAUCAGCUUCGCAGGUGCAAAAAGGUUUUGACGACGUGUCAAAAGCUUUGGUGGUUAAAGAGGUGUGCUUCAGGUGGCCGGUCUGAAGCUUCUCUAGAACUGAGGGAAAACCCCAGUAAUCUGGUUUUAAUGUUCUCAUGUUAUGAUUGUGUAGCCAACCAGAGGCUGACAAGUUAGAGGGAUAUGACCAAGAAUCUCAGAAACACACGCCCUCUUUGACACCAGAUGCUCUUGUGUGAGUGCAAUAUGGUUAUGACCUUGUCAAGUAAACAUGCUGAAACAUAAUCAUUGAGCACAGAUUAAUGAAACAUGUCAUUAUUUUAUAAUUAUUAUAAGUAGCAAUAAACAACAUUUAUUUACUGAAUAUCUAGCUUGUAAGUUUUAGAAAUUCAUAUUUAAUUUUAAAAUCUUCUUUCUUCUGUGAAGCAAGUAAUCUUAGAUAAAUGGCUGCUCUUUGAGGGACCUUGAGAGAAUGUUAUUGUUAUGAUUUCAUUAUCUCUGUCAGAGCUGCAGGCUCUGAGCUCCAGCUGGUGGCAUGAUGGCAGGCUAAUUUAAAGGAAACACGUGCAGUCUCGUGUCUCCUUUUUGACCAAAUGUUGGAUGGUCAAACAGUACCUAAAAACUGACCAUUGCUGGACAUUACAAUUGCUAUUUUUCAACAUUUUACUACAAACUUAUGUAUGAAGAAAGGUUUUCUAGCCCCUUGUUACAUAAAAAUCACAAAGUAUGUUUAGGGACUGAGAAGAUCACCAAUGUAAGAUGGUGCUUGUCCAUGUAAGGCCCUAUAGACCAGAACUAGGAUAUGGAAAUGAACCCUGAAGUUGACUGGCAGCCAGUGAAGCUGGAGGAGAAGCGGGGUGAUGUGGGUGUGUUUGGAGGACUUGGUCAGAAGCCGAGCACAGGCGUUCUGAACCACCUGUAGACGGUUCAGGGAGGUUCUGCUCAGACACGUGAAAAGAGAGUUACAGUAAUCUAAGCGUGAGGAGAUGAAGGUGUGGAGAACUGCGGAUUUUUGUAACGCCAGGAGUGCCAGUGCACAAAGGGUCUCCAUUCAGGAGACCCUUCUCUCCUUAGAAAGACCUAACCCUGUUACACUCAACUUAAAUUUCUUUUUACGUCCCAACCCAAACUAAAUCCUAACCUUAACAAGGAGAAUUAUAUGUUACACUCAACUUAAUUUCUUUUUAAGUCCCAACCCAAACAUAAAAUCCUAACCCUAACCAGGAGAAUUAUAUGGCAAACUUAACACAAAGUUUUCUUUAAGCCCAAACAUUAAUAAAAAUCUAGAUUUGACUAGGGGAAUUUCAAUCUUAGUUAGGGGUAUUCAACCCCCCUUUCUUUUGCCUGUUUACACAAUAUCCUUUUUGGAAUGGUUUCCAUCAUUUAAUGUGUCAACAGGAUGAUGUUUUAUGUAUUUUUUAAUUUACUUGUAACCUUAUUUUGCAGGCCAAGGGCCUGACUUUUAUUGGGGAGAGACUAAAAGGUAAUUGUGGUUGUUUACUGUGCUUGUCUGUGUGCACAGACUCUCCUGCACUUAGUCCACCGGUGCAGAUCUAUCCCUCAUUCAAACCUGUGGGAACAAGUGUGUCCAAUCUGUAGAACCAGAGCCGUUCAGCUCUUUUCCAUUGUUUUGUGGACCAGUUUGGAUCUGACUGUAGGAUCGUGGCUGUGAGGGCUUGCUAGCCAUGUUCAAUAAAGUGUUUGACUACUG